AUGAAUCAUGCAGGGAUAAAAUAUAACAUGGGACUCCAGCAACCAAAAAAAGACUGCAUUUCCAGCAAUAACCAGGAUAGAAGAUUAAGAAAAAGUACUGCAGACGGGGUAGCAACAGUAAAGCUGAGUGGUUCAUUACACCCAUCUGAAAACGUGCCCUCCAAGCUUCAAAGCAUAGACAGAAGACAAAGCAGCACAAUGUUUAUGAAAGACUACCAAGAGAAGGGUGAGGAAACUAAUUCAAUGAGGCUCCAUAAACGGAGGAGGAGGUUCGUAAUUAAGAAGAGCCCAAUUCUGAUUUCCACGAACAGUUCCACUCUCAACUUGCCCACAAUUAAAUCAGAUGACAGAAAUAACAAAUGGAAAAGUCUCUACCAGAUACAAAGCAAAAGAAAGCAAAUAAUGAAGGAAACUUGUUCUAAGUACAAGAGUAAUAACAGAAGAAUAAUCACUCCUUACCACGUUUCUAGAAUAUUUGUAGAAGACAAAUACAGAGUUUUAUACUGUGAAGUACCAAAAGCUGGCUGCUCUAACUGGAAACGGGUGCUCAUGGUUCUCAAUGGGCUGGCUUCUUCCACUAAAGAUAUACAACACAACACAGUGCACUACGGCAACUAUCUAAAAAGGCUGGAUGGGUUUGACCGCAAAGGAAUUUAUCACAGGCUCAACACUUACACAAAGAUGCUUUUUAUUCGGGAACCUUUUGAAAAGCUGGUAUCUGCAUUUCGGGACAAGUUUGAACAUCCAAACAAUUACUAUCAUCCUGUAUUUGGAAAAGCCAUCAUUUCCAGAUACCGUGUCAAUGCCACCAAAGAAGCAUUAAGGACAGGCUCCGGAGUCAAAUUUAAAGAGUUCAUUCAAUAUCUCCUGGAUGUACAUAGGCCAGUGGGUAUGGACAUCCACUGGGAUCACGUCAAUAGGCUUUGCAGCCCAUGUCUAAUAGAUUACGACUUUGUUGGGAAAUUUGAAAGUAUGGAAGAAGAUGCAAACUUUUUCUUGCACCUCAUUGGUGCUCCACAAAAUUUGACUUUCCCUAAGUUCAAAGAUAGGCACUCCAAUGAAGAAAGAACUACCACAAAAAUCACACAACAGUACUUUGCACAGCUUUCUCCCUCUCAAAGGCAACAAAGUUAUGACUUUUACUACAUGGAUUAUUUGAUGUUUAACUACUCAAAACCUUUUGAAGAUUUAUAUUGAUUUGAGUGCUGGGAAACUUCCCGUAUCAGUUGAACUUCAUGACAAACCCAGGUGGCUUCUGUUUAUACACGUCUGUUAGUAAGAAUUGGUCAAAGAACAGGAAAACAAACCCAAAACAGAACAUAAGUGGUUAGUGAUGUUUACACCUUUACCUUAAAUGCCUCCUUUUUCAAAUCGUUUAUGAAGUGUAAGUACAUACGUGUAUAAUAAUACUAUAUGUCAGGGCUCCCAAAUAAAGCACAUAAUUUUCCAUGCUGGUAUGGCUUGUGUUUACAGUGGAAGGACAGUAUGGAACUGGGGGAACACAGCUGUAAGCUCUACAGCAAAUGUAAUAUUUUAAGUUCUUCACUGGUUAGAAAAUGAAAUCUUUGGAAAUUACAGGGUAGCGAGAAUAAAUAUGGAAUAGAUAUAUUUCAUCAAAAUCUGCAGUGCACCAAGCCACACACUAAGCAGGCAUUAUGUAUAAAGUUAGUCAAAUAUUGCUAUUUCCUCACAAUUUUUAAAAAAAGGAAAUUAUCACACUGUUCAAAAAACACAUUGGUGAAAACAAUUAAUACUCAGUCACCAUGCGAGUGCAGUAUUAAACCAGAUGUUCCAAUUCAAAGAGAGGAUGUGUUCUCCCCAUUUAGUAUCUCCCUUAUGGCAUAUUCAUCUGCAAGCAGAUAAAAUGCAGGCGAACAUUUGCAUCUUUAUGCAUGUUAUUAAGAUUCUUUUAAUCCUUUGCAUUAACAUAAAUCUCUGGUUUAAUCUUUAUAGUCACCAAGAAUAUCAAAUCUUUUCUUUAUAGUAACAAGCAGGAGUAAAUGCAACUUCCUGCCCACCAGGAUAGUUCUUUUCUUUGCUGCAAACAAUUUGCACUUGUUUAUUUCGGUAACAAUUAGAUUCAAUUUCACAUGCAGAAAAUAUUCCAAGUGUUGUCAUUCAGCUGUUCCUUUUCUAUACAGAGAAGACAUUCUCUCAUUUUCCAGCAAAAAUCUCUUGGGAGAAUAGAAUACUGUACCUUCUGCUGUGCCUUUGUUAACCUUCACACCUACUCUGGAUGUGGUAUCCUUGUCUACAUGUCCUUUAACCACGUGAAAUAAAUAAUAAUUUCAACAGUUAAGAUGGAAGGCUGUACUGGAACAAGUCUCAAAUUCUACAAUAAUGUUGAACUUAAAUGCCUCAGUAAUUUUAACAGUUUGUAUUUUGCAACCAAUUUCAGAAUUUCACCAGAACUGGCACUGUACAAGUGUACAGAUAUCUAAGAGGUUUUUUUCCUGAAUCAUUUUACAUUUACAGGUCCAAAUAAAACAAAAAUUGCUUAUACAGAUAGUUUUGUGCACACACACAUUUAUUUACACCUCGCUUUCCCUACAAACAUCCCAUGUUUCUUUGUUGUUCUCAAUUUUAAUAGAGAUUAGAGAUUUAGAGAGCCUAAAAAUAGUUUGCAUUGAAAGAUUAUUGAUGUUUCACCUGACUAACAUCAAACUUUCAUUCCUACAAACAUUUUUCACUCAGUGAAGUGGAUGUUUUAGAAACUUUCAGAAAGAUAACAACUUCCACUGUUCCAUGAAGCCAGUUAGCAUCCAUCUGCCUUCUGUUCCUCAUCACUGUGUCGCUGCUGCAGCCCCCAUCCUGCCUUCCACCCACUCAGUUGCCCAAUCAGAGGUAACAGAUUUUCAGGCAAAGUAACUUUUUUUGCUAGCACCAAACAGGCUGGGGCCACUCUGCCAACAGACGGGUGCUGCUGAGAGCUCCUCUCUUCAGGUCUCACUGAGGAGUGAUCCAGGAAAAACCAGGUGCCUUCGCAGUGCAAGCAGAUGAAAGCAUUGAUUCUGAUAGUGAUGGGACUAUUAUGUGUGUGUGCACAAAGAACGCCACCAGUAACUUCAGUUAUGCUCUCCUUAUCAUUUAAUUGAGUGCUCUAAAAAGUGAUGGCACUCAUAUUGGUAGAGUUAAUUUGCAUGUAGUUAAGGAAGCCACAAACACUCACUACAUGAGGAAAGGAUAUCACAAAGAUCUGAGCCCUCGUGGUUAUGGAGCUUAAUUCCAUAAUGCGGCCAAGGCAAAGGCCAGAUAGAAUUUGUAUUCAGCCCUCCACUAGUGUUAGAGAGCUCUAGGAAAUAUUAAAGAACUUAAUCUUCCAGCUAGAUUCACAUCAAAGACCUGACUUUCUCCUUCCAUUUCCUUUUCCAUCACCCUGCUUUUUUUCAGUUUGAUCUACACACACACAAACUGAUAGAGCCAUAUGGUCGUGUUUACAUCUGACAGACUUUUUUGGUAAAGUUGCACAAUGCAUUCACUGCCUAUGUGGAAAAAAACCAGCAACCCUGCACUUCUUAUGUCAAGUUCAGGUGCUUACUCUAUCUCUCAGCCCCCAAAUCUAUUUUACUUAAAAAUCUUUACUACAGCAAUAAAAGCUAACAACUGUGAGAGGAAUAAAAUUUUUAAUGACAAAUGAAGACUUUGGGAGGAUUUUAUUUUAUCUAGACUAACAAAUCAUCAUUUAAAGAGAGGCUUAGGUUAUGCGUAUGUUUAUGGCAAGCUGUAUACAGGGAGAUGAGUAACUUACUGAGGAAAUCUGCCUUUUGAAUGAUCUAAUGCUGUUGGUUUUGACAGAGUAAGAACGAUCCACAUACGUGGACUGUUUGUACAGCACAGUAUAUUAAUGCUUACUUCUGUUGUGCUACCCCUCCCACUGGGGUAACACUAUUACUGACAAUAGCAGCAUGAGCACGCUUGCCACAUAAACCUAUGUACAAUUAUCUACUUAUUACAUGCAUAUGAAGUACGCGUAGAAAAGAAAAUCUGUGCAAACAAGAUUUUACGUGCUAAAGGUAUCUAUCAAAGGAAAGAUGUUAACAUAAGAAUCCACAUGUCUGAAGAGAUAUAUAAGAAUUACGGAGGAUUAUAAAAAGAAUACAGGGAAUAUCAAACAUGCAUUGCCUUUUAAAUAGUUUUUCUUUCUUUCUCUGUGUAAUAAAUGAACUAACGAGUUAGGCCAGCUCAGGUAGUGCAACAUCAUCUGGAAUUCCAGAUUAAAGAAACGUGAGCUUUUUUGUUUAUGUUUUUUAUUUGUAUUUAUCAUUGCCUAUUAUUGACACUGGUUACCUUGAAUCACUGAGUUGACAGACAGUAAUUUCUUCCUCCCAGCAAGAAAUCACAUUGGUAGCUGGGCAUAGUCCAGCCAAACACUGGGAAAAGAAACAUUACCAUGCAAAUCGCAGCCUGAUCUACUCAUUUUAAUUUCAGUGGUACCAGAACAGCAUCUGCAUGCAGCAGUAGUUUGUUUUCAGAGCACAACGCAAGAGACAGUCACAGCACAGCCAGUUUGAGCUCACAUUGCUUCAAGGGAUUAUUUUCAGGUUGGCACUGUUAUUUGUGGUGACUUCAAAACCUCAGCACGUAUCCAUGCACACUGAACAAUGACCCAAGCUUCACAUGGCAAGAUGGAUGUAAUUACUUUUCCUCCCAAGAAGGCAGCUGCUGGUUAAGAAAGGUGAGCAAUUUUCCUGGCUUUCUGCAAUGGUACCUACCAGACAAGCCUACAAACUUCUCAGAUGGUUCCCAGCACAAUACUGCUGUAAGAAUACACUGGAGUCGAUGUAACAUCUAUGUUUUGUACUUAGCUACAGUAGGGACUUACCUGCCACUGGUCCCUUUUGCCCAAAUUUUUCAAGACUACCCAUCCAAAUAAAGGCAUCAAAAACCAAACAUAUAUCUACACACACAAUGGAUUCAAGUUUUAAGAAUGGCAAACACACACCAGUUCCACUUCUCAAUUAAAUCGUGAAGCAUUUGGAAGCGUUGAAUCCUUGGGCAGUAAGGACAAGAUAGCCUAGAACAUACUGACACAUAACAGGAUUAAGCUUUGCUUAUUGCCAACAAGCUAUUUGGAUAAUACAUUAUGAAUCAAUUGAUACAGUUAACUAUGACUCAUGCCAGAGAAUAAAAAUCAUGUUUGCUUUAUGACUAACCUAAUAGAA